AUGCCUGCUCGUUUAACACAAGAUUUGCGCAACAUUCUCCAAUCUUUGCUCCAACGUGGUCUUUCGUUCUCAAAGAUAAAAAUUUUGUAUCCAGGAGUGGGUAACUCUACUCUUACAAGGCUCAGAAAACUAUAUUGCCCUGACCCAGCUAGACCUCUUGGCGGAAGACCGAAAAAACUUGGUGCUAAAACUAUGUCCCUAGUGUCAAGAGGACUUCGAUCAGGUGCUUUAGAUAAUCCGCGAGCAGCACAAGAAAUUUUAAGAUCGAUGGGCCAUGAUAUGUCAAUUAAUGGCAUCCGCAAGUCAUUGAGACGAAAUGGACUUAAAUCUCGUAGAAAAGUAAAGACCAAUUUUGUUAGCAAGACAAACAAGCGGCUUCGAUUGGCGUAG